AUGGCGAAGUGUGUAAAGUGCAAUAAACUUAUUACUAAAAAAAUACCGGGGCUACAAUGCAUGAAAUGCAAUAAAUGGGUGCAUGGAACAUGUGCUAGUUUAUCGUCUGAUCAGCUCAGUGUUUUGUUCUCCACCGAAUCCGCCGAUUGGAAGUGUCGAAACUGUGCGGGUAUCUGCAGACCGAAGCGUCUUUCAUUUAUUAUGCCCGAUCAAGAAGAAGAAAACAACGAUAAGGAGAACCUUCCUAAGUCAAACUAUAGGGAAUCUAUAAUGAAUGAUAUUCGAAGUGAAAUAAGAGAGAUUAUGCAAACGGAGCUGCACAGUGUGUUACAGUUUUACAUAGAUAGAAUGGACGAGUAUGAGAGCAAAAUUCAACGGUACGAAAAUCAAAUUAGAGACCUAACAAACCACAAUAAAAAUAUGGAUCUCAAAGUAAGCGUUCUACAGCAAAAAAUGAACAAUCACGAACAAAACAUGCUUCAAAGCUCUGCCGAAGUCCAUGGAAUUGAAGAAAAAGAGGGAGAAAAUAUAACAGAUAUUUGCCUAUCCUUAUGCCAAAAAUUAAACGAGCCGACAGGCUUACAUUCUAAUACAAGAAUAAAGGUUUUUACAUCGCUUACCUAA